GACAACACCUAUCGAGCGACCACGUCUACAUCCCAGAGAAAGGGGCAGCUGUGCAUAUGAGAACGAGGACUGAAAUCUGAACCAACUAGCGCAAUGAAAGAGAAAUAGGACAAAGAGAACAAGAUUUGGACACCGGUCUCUCAGUGCAAUAUUUCCAAAGAUUAGCGAAUAAAAAAUAAUCGAUGACCUAUAAAGAAACAGUCAUUGCGUUGCACCAUUAAUCCAUGUAGAAUUUGUUAACAUUUCGAUAAACUUCAGUAUUGUCCAGUUCCCGUGAAUUUUGUACCACAAAAGUAGUAGGCGCUUUUUUGGAUAUGUUUUGACAGUUACAAAGAUCAACCAAACUUAACUGAGAGUAAUACACGUAUUUUCAUCGAAAGGACUCAUCCACUGAAGAAUGAUUUGGAGCGGGUUUACGGAGCUGUCGCUCAUAUUCUUGGGCUUUCUGUGCCUGCACAAAGCGACCUCAAAACAAGACAUGAAACCCGAGGCAUGGCUACAGCAAUAUGGUUACUUGCCACCCGGUGAUCUCCGGACACACACUGCUCGCUCUCCACACUCUGUCUCCUCUGCCAUUGCUGCCAUGCAGAGAUUCUACGGCCUGAAAAUCACUGGCAAUAUGGAUCCCGCUACUCUUACGGCAAUGAAGAGGCCCCGCUGUGGCGUCCCAGACAAGUUUGGAACAGAACUGAAGAGCAACCUGAGAAAGAAGCGCUAUGCGAUCCAGGGACUGAAGUGGGAUAAAAAUGACGUCACAUUUUGUAUACAGAAUUACACACCAAAGGUUGGGGAGUACGAGACCUUUGAGGCAAUCAGAAAAGCCUUCAAAGUGUGGGAAAGUGUUACACCUCUGCGAUUCAGAGAGAUCCCUUACAGUGACAUCAGAGACAAGGUUGAAAACUUUGCAGACAUCAUGCUCUUCUUUGCUGAUGGUUUCCAUGGUGAUGCCAGUCCAUUUGAUGGUGAAGGAGGCUUCUUGGCCCAUGCCUACUUCCCAGGCAAUGGCAUAGGAGGGGACACACAUUUUGAUGCAGCAGAACCUUGGACAAUCGGCAACCGUGAUCUGUUGGGUAAUGACGUGUUCCUGGUGGCUGUGCAUGAACUGGGUCACGCCCUGGGUUUGGAACACUCCAAUGACCCCUCUGCCAUCAUGGCUCCCUUUUACCAGUGGAUGGACACAGAGAACUUUGAACUUCCUGAAGAUGACCGUAGAGGCAUUCAGCAGCUUUAUGGUCCAAACACCGGAGGCCGUCCACGACCACCCGUCACCCCUCAGACCCCCCACCACACCCCAUACCCCACACCACACAGGCCAGGAGGACCUAGCUUUGGCCCUGAUAUCUGUGAGGGCCAUUUUGACACCAUUGCCAUUUUCAGAGGAGAAAUGUUUGUAUUUAAGGAUAAGUGGUUUUGGCGUGUCCGUAAUAAUCGAGUUAUGGAAAAUUACCCCAUGCCAAUUGGACAUUUCUGGAGAGGUCUGCCGACAACUAUUAAUGCUGCCUAUGAAAGAGAAGAUGGAAAAUUUGUCUUCUUCAAAGGGGACAGGCAUUGGGUGUUUGAGGAGUCAAACUUGGAGUCAGGAUACCCGAAGACCCUAAGAGAGAUGGGCAAUGGUCUCCCUAAGGACAGACUGGAUGCAGCCCUCUUAUACACCCCAACUGGCAACACGUACUUCUUCAGAGGAAACAAAUAUUAUCGUUACAAUGAAGAAAUGCAGUCAGUGGAUUCAGACUACCCCAAACCUAUGAGUAAAUGGCAAGGCGUUCCAGACAACAUCAAGGCUGCCUUCAUGAGUCGAGAUCAAAGUUACACCUACUUCUACAAAGCCAAUAAGUACUGGAAGUUUAAUAACCAGUUAUUAAGAGUGGAGCCUGGAUACCCCAAGUCUGCACUUAAAGAUUGGAUGGGUUGUCCUGAUGAAGAGCCCAAAACCGGCGGUGAUGGAGGAAGUGACCGUGACCGUGAGCGCGAACGCGAGCGCGAGCGCGAACGCGAGCGUGAACGUGAGCGUGGACGUGAGGAAGACAAGACUGAGGAUGAGGGCACAAAGGAGGAGACAGAGGUGAUCAUACUUGAGGUUGAAGAUGCACCCAGCAGCCGUGGAGGGGUGGCAGCUGUCGUGGUGCCACUCAUGCUCCUGGUAUGCGUGAUCUUCACGCUCGGAGCGCUGCUUUUCUUCCGUAGGUAUGGCACACCGAGACGCUUGCUCUACUGCCAACGCUCCCUAUUGGACAAGGUUUAAAGGUUUAAAGAAGGGAGAACAGAGGAAAAAAGUGGAGGAGAGGAGAGAAUUAGGAGAAUGCAAGAAGGGGUUUAUAGAAGCAGAGCAAAAAGAGAAGCACAAGUCAAAAAGGGACCCUUUAUUGUUUACUUUAAAAAUUAUGCCACUCCUUUUUUUAAUAUUUUGUAAAUAGUGGUCUUAAAGGGUUGGUUCACCCAAAAAUUUAAUUUCUGUCAUCAUUUACUGAUUUAAUGUUGUUCAUACCUGUUUGUGUUUCUUUUUAUCCGUGAAACCCAAUGUGAGAUCUUAAGCAGAAUGUUAGCCUUAUAUCUCAUUUUGUGUUGCACAGAAGAAAGAAAGUCAUAUGGCUUUGCAACGACAAAAGGGAAAAUAAAUAACAAACAUUUCUGUUUUGGGUGAACUAUCCCUUUAAACAUUUUGCUUUUACACCUGUGCCAAGCUCUUCCUGCAAGCUCUAAAAAGGCAUAUAGUACUUGAUUUUUUCACUUUUUCACCUGUUUCACUUUUACUUCAUCUCUCCCCUCUUCUCUUACUGUUUUUCUCUUCUUUCCCUUCUGGUGUAGUCCAUGACGCCAGCUUAUCGCUGUUUGUUUAGCCUUUUUUAAAAUGUAAUUUUGUAGUUGUGGUUGUUGUAUGUCUGACUCAUUGUGAAUUCUUACCCUCUGUCAAAAACAGUGUUUUGUCCAGAUGUUGACAGAUUUUCAGUAGACUUUGUACUUAUCUCAGGUUGAUGCAACCUCACUUACAAAUCAAGAACCAAAAAGAACCAUGGUACUAUCAUGGAUAUUCUCAUGUGGUACCAUGGUUCGUAGUUCUCAGAGUCAUGGAAAACCUGAAAAUGUCAGGGAAUUUUAAAAUUGUGAUUUCUAGAUUUAGAAAAGUUGUAGUAAUCUCUAUAUUGAGGAUACCAUUUUUCUGUUUGUGCUCUGCAAUAUUCUAUUGGCAAGAAAUUGAUCUUUGUAAGUGUAAUUUCACAAAAAUAUUUUACAUAUUUUUCAACAUCCUUCAUUGGUCAAAAGGAAUGGGAACCCUGAUGGUACUGGACAUGUACCAUGACAAUACCAUGAUAUUCUUUGAAGUCGUAUUCUUUGAUUACCAUAUUCAUGUUACCAUGGAACAUCAAUAUCAUAACCAUUCAUUACCAUGGUAUUAUCAGAUAACAUCACUGUACCAUGGUGCCACAGCAGUACUAUUUGUAAUGGUUCCCAGAUGCACAGUUCAAAAGGGAUUGUUCAUCCAAAAAUUCUGUCAUCAUUUACUCACCUUCUUGUUCUUCCAAAUCCUGAACUAUCCCAUUAAACACUAAAAUAGCAAAGGGCUGCAGUCUCUGUGCCCUUCCCACCCCAUGCAACAGUUUAAAGAACCAAAGAACUACCAUUUCAAAGAUAUUGAUACUUAACCCACUAACAGUGCCUUUAGAAGUCUGCAAAGCUGUGCUGUCUGUCUGUGUCCUCAAGUAGUAUAGCUUUAUAUUGUACUGUAUUUUAAAUAAUUACUAUUAUUGAUAAUGAUGAUGUCAUUAUCAUUAUGACUAUUAGUAUUGUUAUUGUUCACCAUGACAAGAAUGUGUUUUUAUUAUUAUUAUUAUUAUUAUUAUUAUUAACAAUUGUCAUUAAAAUGUCCUGCUGGACAGGCAAUAAUGUAUGUCUUAUGAAGUGGCCUUAAUUUUGGGGUAAGUGAAUGGGUGGGUUUUAUAUUUUUGAACUGAAAUAAAUUUAAAAUAUGAAUUUUCACUGCUUGUGUUUACAAUUAUUCAAAACUUGUGGUGCUAUUUUUUUUAGUUUGGAAUAUAAAAUUAGCGGGGAAAACAAUAAUAAUAAUAAUAAUUGAAUGAUGAUGAUCAUUAUCUAAAAAAUUAAUUGUGCUUUUCUUUCAAACCUUUUUUAUGUUUAUAAAGUCAGAAAUAAAAUAUUUUGUGUUUUC